AUGUCCAAACGAGCCAAGGACAACAAGUCAGCGCCGACCGACGACGAGCUGGGUGAGCUCUUCGAGGGUAUCGGCGACGACGCCAGCAUCCGCAAGUCCUCAUCGUCCUCGACUAAGCCCAAGACAUCCAGAGCCAAGGCUGUUGAGGACGACAUUCUCGCCGACCUCGAGAACCAGCUGGGCGAGGCCGUCGCUGACCUGCCCAAGCGUCCCCACACUCCCCGCGUGCGCGACGCCGCGGCGACCAAAGCUUCCCCCGCUUCGAAGGCUGCCCGCUCCCAGGCCCAGGAGGAGAAAAAGACACCGACGCCGCCUCUGCAAACUCCUGUGGCUGAGGGCGCCAGUUCGCAAAGCCAGAAUGCUACUCCUGAGCCGCAGAAGAAGCAUUCUGGCGGCAGUUGGUGGGGUGGCUUGCUGUCGACCGCCACAGCAGCUAUGAAGCAGGCCGAAGCCGCCGUCAAUGCCGUCAAGGAGAUUCAGCAAGCUGAGGAAGCAAAGAAGUGGGCUCAGCAGAUCACCGGCAAUGUCGGUGCCCUGAAGGGACUCGGCAACGAACUCCGCCAUCGCGCCCUCCCAACCUUCACCAACAUCCUACAUACCCUCGCACCCCCCAUCUCAUCCCACGAACGCCUCCUCAUCCACAUCACCCACGACCUUGUUGGCUACCCCUCACUCGACCCCCUUAUAUACUCCGUCUUCAGCCGCGUCAUGUCGCAAGUCGAGGGCGGCGAUCUGAUGGUGAUCCAGCGCGGCCAGGAAUCGUCUCACCGCUCAUCGUCCGAGCACCACAAGUCAUCCUUCUUCUCCCAGCCCCCCUUCGGCUGGCGCGACGGCCCCUGGUGGAGGCAGGACGAUUCCCCAAGGAGUAUUGGUAUUGUACCUGGGCUCGUGGAAGGGACUAAGCUGUGCCGUGCUAGUGCCGAGGCGUAUGCACAUGAAUAUUUUGCUGCCAACGGGGGGAUCGAGGUGGCACGGCAACGUGCCUCUGAACCACUUAGCGAGAGUAACCCCGUUCGUAGCUCGGAUAUCUUUCUCUCUGUGCAGGCGAUCUCUGUCCCGAGCGACGGAGCCCUCUUUGUUGGGUCGGCAGCCGCCGAAAAGGAGAAGGCAGCGUCGGACGUCAAGGAAGAGCAAGAAGACGCUGAAGGCGGUGUCUGCUUCGCUGUAUACGUCUUUGACCCUGUGCACGAGAUCCGCUACUCGACAGUCAGCCAAACCGUCCCAACUCGCUGGAUCAGGUGGUUGGAUGCCCCGCCCGCUCCUGCAUCCAGGGAAGAGGAAGGCAAUGAAUACGAGAAGGAGUUUGGCCGGUUGCCGGAGGAGAUCCGGGAGAUUGUCGAGACAGGCGGGGUUGAUCCGCGUGAGUGGGUGUCAGAGUGGGUUGAGGAAGUGCUAAGCUUGGCUGUGGGAAUUGUCGCGCAGAGGUAUGUGGCGAGGAGGAUGGGUGUGGGCGAGGGGGGCAUUGGGAAAGGGAAACAAAAGGUGGAAGAUGUGGUACAGGAGGGAGGAAAUGAGGCUGCUAGGGCUGGGCUGAUUUGA